AGCAUAGUGGUUUUGGAGAGGGUUUUGAGUUGUCACCGAGUCUCAGAUCUGGAAAGGUUUGGCUCAAGAAGACCGGAAUCAACGUGCCUCAAGGUCGAUGGUGUAGAUGGAGUCGCCGUUCUCGCUACAGCCUCUUUGUGUGGUUUCUCGUCUCCUCGCUGGUCAUGUGUUUCAUUUGUUUAGCAUCGGAGGCUCGGUCCUUCUUCCUUCUUCGGAUCUGAGCGACAACGGCUCAGUUCUCGGUGGCUUGGUAACUCUCUCUCUCUCUCGUCUCUCCUGCUUCGUCUUUGUUUUAGGAUGGUCUAAUCGUUGGUUUUGGCUGGAUCAAUGGAUUUAGAGGUUCCUAAUCUACGGGUUGUGGUACGAUCUUG